AUGAAAUAAGAAAACUAAUAAGGUGCUUAUGAAAUAUUAGAAUUAUUAGGUGAAGGAACAUAUGGUAAAGUUUUUAAAGCCUAAAACCUUUAAACAAAACAAUUUGUGGCAAUAAAAAAGAUAAAAAUGAAAGAUGAUCAACAAAGAAAUUAAGGAAUACCUUCCACAGCUUUAAGAGAAAUUAGUUGUCUGAAAGCUCUAGACCAUUCUAAUAUUAUAAAAAUUGUUGAAAUUUAAUACUAAGUAGAAAAACCUAAACUUUAUAUAAUACUAGAAUAUAUGGAAAACGACUUAUCUAAAGAAAUAAAACACUUGAAGCAUUCAGCCAGAAGAUAUCCCAAAAACACAAUAAAAUCCUAUAUGCAUCAAAUAUUAAGAUCAGUAGACUAUUGUCAUAGAUAACGUGUAUUUCAUCGAGAUAUAAAGCCUUAAAACAUAUUAAUAUCUUAAAAAGGAGAAUUAAAAUUAGCAGAUUUUGGUUUAGCAAGAUUUUAUGAAAUCCCUAUAACUACAGUUACUUUAGAAGUCCAAACAUUAAAUUAUAGAGCUCCUGAGUUACUUUUGAAAGAUAAUCUGUAUUCUCUUCCUAUUGAUAUAUGGUCUAUAGGCUGUAUUUUUUAUGAACUUAUUACAGGAGAGAUCUUAUUUACAGGAUAUUAUGAAAUAGAUAUUUUAAUAAAAAUUUUCUAAUUGUUAGGGACACCAGAUAGUUUUUAAAUAGCUGGAAAAUAUAAACUUAAUUGGUUAAGUAAAUUUCCUAGAUUUCCUUCUAAUAAAAAGUUUUUUAUAGAAAAAAUUUGCGAAUUUGAUGUUAUGGCAGCAGAUUUGUUAUUUAGGAUGAUUGAAGCAGAUCCUGUAAAAAGAAUAUCCGCAAACCAAGCCAUAAAUCAUUAAUUUUUUUAAGGUAUAGAUUUUUAUUAGAAUUCAAAUAUUAAAUAAUGA